AAAGAGUGAUAAUUAGUGAAGUUUCGCCUUAUUUAUUUGAUGAAUGUCUCGUAUGUCAACUUUAUUAAGUGAAUAUACCUUAAGUAAUAUUAGGUAGGUUUUUAUUUAUCAUCUCAAUCCUGGAAAACAGAAAAUCCGCGGAAGAUGGCUGUUGACUGGACGCAACUCCCUCGAGAACUCCUGGAAUCAAUCGCCGGCAAACUCACGAUCUACGCCGAUUACCUCCGAUUCCGCGCCGUCUGUCCCAGCUGGCGAUCCUCCGUCCUAAACAUCCCGCGCAACCUCCCUCCUCAGCUCCCAUGGCUCAUGCUUCCCCAGGUGCAAACCAACCCAUUCCACUGCGCGUUCUUCGACCUCUCCACCCGCAAACUCCACAAUCUCGACGUACUAGAGGUCACCUCGCAGGGCACGCACUGCUGCGGCUCUUCCCACGGCUGGCUCAUAGUCCUCGACGAGUCUCCGGCGGUCCUUCUCCUCAAUCCUCUCACCCGAGCGAGGCUACACCUCCCUCCGCUCUCCACCUUUCCUAACGUCGUGAGCUUCAACUACUCCGAAGCCGGUAGUGAAUACGCGCUCCGAGACGUGUCCGGUGAGAUCUACCGGCUUAGUUUGCGUGAAAUGCGCGACUCGUUUAUAAAGAAAGUUGUUCUCUCCUCUGCGCCACUCAAGAACAAAAACUUCAUCGCGCUGGCGAUUCUCCACCGCUUCAAUAUUUUAGUGUACUGUAAGAGCGGUGAUCAGUCAUGGAGUUUCGUACACGUUGCGAGGUUUCCCUGGGAGGACGUUAUAUAUUAUAACGACCUAUUCUACACGGUGGACAAGAACGGCGCAAUUGCUGUGUGCGAUCUAAACGGCGCGUCGCCGACGGUUUCGGUUAUCAGACCGCCGUUACAAUUGGGCGGCGGCCUGCAGUAUUUGGUAAACUCAGGGGACGACGAGUUGUUGUUGGUGACGCGGUAUGUGGUCCAUGUGGAUCUGCAACGCGACGACACUGACCCUUACGUGUCGUGUGUAUUCUACUGCUACAAAACUGUCCGGUUUGAGGUUUUCAGAAUGAAUUGGAGCGAACCGCGGUGGGAGAGGGUUACAAGCUUAGGUGAUCGGAUGUUGUUUAUAGGGGAAAACACGUCCAUCUCGUUUUUGGCUUAUGAUUUUAGGGGAUGUUUAGGGAAUUGUAUCUAUUUCACGGAUGAUUGUGAAUUCUAUGAUGGUAUCUAUGAUUGUUUUAUUGGAGACCAUGAUUUGGGCAUAUUCAAGUUGUGGGAUGGGAGCAUUGAACCAUUACCUUUUUACCAGCGAAAUCCGCAUUCUCGGAGCUAUUGGGCUCCAAUUUGGGUUACGCCAAAUCCGUGCUAGUAUUCGACCUUGAAUGUAAGUGCGAGGAGCCCUUUAGUGUGGCGAGUAUGUAAAUUCCUUUAAUGUAUCUGUUAUGCCCUGAAAUUACUUUGUAUAUAUAAAAUCUGACUAUAUAUUGAUUUUA